GGUUUGUAUCACUCAGAUCAUCACAGGAGACAAUGGCUAGGCAGCCUAGGCUUGAUGAACCUCUCAUUGGUUCUCCAAGCAAGACCAAAUCUCUCUCCCAAUUACUUUUCCUUGGUGUCUCCGUGGUUGCCAUCCUCUGCUUCUCCCUCCGCCUAAGCUUCCAUGGCAACUCCUCUGAUCUUCUCCUCAUGCCCGUCUCUCCCCAAGUUUGUGCCACCACACUUCACCCAGACUCCUGCUCCAACACCUUUGUCUCCGCCGGGACAACGCCCGUAACCGCUGCCACCAUCCUCGGUCGCAUUUUGGAGGAGUCGAUCCAGAGCCUACCCAGGCAUGUGGGCACGGUCAUAGCCUUGACUCACAAGGGAAACAAUGGCAAAAGAGAAGCUGGGCCGCUGGCUGACUGCCUCGACCUCAUGGACCAGACGGAGAGCCGGUUGGUCGACUCGCUCAAUGCGGUAGCCGGUCACCCGACGGCUCAGGGGACACACGCGGACGUGCACACCUGGCUCAGUGCUGCACUCACCAACUACGUCACCUGCUUAGAUGGGCUUGACGGUACUGAUGCCGAGCUAGCAAUGGAGUCGGAGGUCAAGUCGUCGAUGGCCCUUCUCAGCACCUCGCUGGCGGUGCUCAAUCAAACGCGACCGACUGCCGAGCCGAUUCUCGGAGAGGUAUUGGGCGAGUUCCCGGCGUGGUUGAGUCCCGGGGAUCGGAAGCUCCUAACGGUCGAUUCUUGGGAUAAGGCAGUGAAAGCCGAUGUGGUGGUGGCGCAAGACGGGAGCGGGAAGUACACGACGGUGACGGCGGCGGUGAAUGCGGCCCCUUCAGGGAGCUCGGCGAGGUACGUGAUAUACGUGAAGAAGGGAACGUACAAGGAGCAGGUGAGCAUACCGAAGACGAAGAAGAACAUCAUGCUUGUGGGAGACGGAAUGGGCUCCACCAUAAUCACAGGCAGCUUGAACGUCGUGGACGGCUCCACCACCUUCAAUUCUGCAACUGUGGCGGCCGUGGGCGAUGGGUUCAUGGCUCAGGACAUUUGGUUCCAGAACACAGCAGGGGCUGUGAAGCAGCAAGCAGUGGCCCUGCGCGUCGGUGCCGAUCAAUCCAUCAUUUACCGAUGCCGGAUCGACGGCUACCAGGACACACUUUACACCCAUUCCCUCCGGCAAUUUUACCGAGACUGCUCGAUUUCCGGCACCGUUGAUUACAUCUUCGGCAACGCAGCCGUGGUCUUCCAGAACUGUCAGAUAAUUUCCCGGAAGCCAUUGAGCAAGCAGAAGAACACAAUUACCGCACAGGGACGAACUGACCCCAACCAGAACACAGCAAUUUCUAUCCAAAUGUGCAAAAUCUUGGCAAGUUCCGAUCUCGCGCCAGUGAAGAGUACCUUCCCCACAUAUCUGGGCCGGCCAUGGAAGCUUUACUCGAGGACAAUUUUCAUGGAGUCCUUCCUGGAUGAUCUGAUAGCACCAGCAGGAUGGCUGGAGUGGUCUGGUAGCUUUGCUUUGAACACCCUGGAGUACCGUGAAUAUAUGAACACUGGGUCUGGUGCGGGCACCAGCAAGAGGGUGACAUGGGCUGGUUAUCAUGCUACCACCAGCACCGCUGAAGCCCAGAAGUUCACUGUUGCCAAUCUGAUCCAGGGAGCGUCUUGGUUGAAAUCUGCUGGCGUUAGCUUCACUGAAGGCCUUUGAUCACCAUCAGAAUGGGCGGGGAUUCUGAGAAAGUAUUGAAGAUAUACCGCAUAUGAAUCUAUGUGAUCUUUUAAUUA